AUGCGCCUGAGCCCGCCCCGGACUCCGAUUCCCUACCCCGUGUUCCGCUUUACAACCCAUACACAGCCAUACACAACCCCGGCGCGUCACCCAUCGUCCCGCCCUGAAGACCAAGCGAGUCCGCCCAAUAUGGGAUCAUCAGGCGUCUUCGCAAAGACAAUCCUCAUCCCAGCCCUAAUAGCCCUAACAAUCUACAUCCUGGCCACGUGCUUAAUCCUCCCAAUCUUCCGCCGCUACCACCAACGCUACUCCCAGUACCUCCCGUUACACAAUAUAUCAGCCCACACCCUCUCCCUCCGCGACCGCAUAGCCGACGCCAUAAUGCGCUUUUUCCUACCUUCCACCUGGCGGCGCGGCGCGCACGUUGAGCAUGAUACUAUCAGUAUCGACGAUGAUGAGGGGGAGAUUCUUGUUGGGAUGGAUAUGGAUGCCGCUAGGCGGGAGGCGUUGGAACGGAGGCGUGGGUCUGUUGCUGAGGCUGAGGGGAGGUUGAGCCGGGAUCUGGAGGAGGGGUUUAUGGAUGAUAGUGAUGAGGAGGAUCACCAUGGUGGUGGGAGGCGUUGA